AUGUGUAUGGAAAAUAGCAGAAUCAAGAGAAAACGUACGUGGACAUCUGAGGAAGACAAGUUACUCAAAGCUUAUAUUAACAAGUAUGGUGAAGGAAAAUGGCAUUUAAUUCCUAAAAGAGCAGGACUGAAUAGGUGCAGAAAAAGUUGUAGAUUGAGAUGGUUAAAUUAUUUAAACCCAACCAUCAACAGAGAAAUCUUUUCUGAGGAUGAAGCUGAUAUGAUCCUUAGGUUACACAACCUCUUGGGGAAUAGAUGGACGUUGAUUGCUGCAAGACUUCAAGGUAGAACAGCUAAUGAUGUGAAAAACUAUUGGAACACUCAUUUGAAGAAUAAGGAUGUUUCAAGAGCAAAAGAAAAGAAAGAAAAAGAUAACCCUAAGGAAAUUAUUAAAGCUCAUGAAGUUAUUAAACCUCGUCCAUUAACUUUUUCAACUCAUUCACCUUGGUUGAAUGGGAAACAUAAUUUUGUGACACAUCCAAUAUUGGGUAACGUUCCUAGAUAUCAUGAUGCCUCAUCAGACACUAUGGUUCCUGAUCAAAUUGGUAGAGAUUGUGCUUCUGAUUCACAACCAAGACUAGGUAAUGCCCCAGUAUUAUGUGUGCAAUGUGGUUGCUCUUCAUUACAAGAGCAGAACUAUAAGGUUUUUAAAUGGUUAUGACUCUUUUUGGGAUUCACACUUUAGGAUCUUUAGUUUGUUGUGUAAUAUUCUUAGU